ACCACACAUACGCGACCAUCUGUCGCGUUCGACGCGGAACAGCACAUAUUCGUUUGUUCGCCAUUUCCCAGCUACCACAGUCUGUUCUCCGUGGCCGCCCUUCUUGACUCCCGGACGCAAGAUGACGACUUUGCUAUUCUCUCAACAUUCGUCUAAUCCUUUGGAGGUUGCGUCCUCUGACCCACGCAACAGGUCAUAUCACAAAGAAUAUCACGCUGCUAGGAAAGUAAAUGGCCCUCGAAAUUUCACCUCAGAGGAUGCUGGAGAUGGUUCCGCCCACAAAGACUUGGAGGAUUAUCGCGACCACCUUGCCAAGCUGUACCAAUCAUCGGCGAUGAAGCCAAAGCCAGAGGAGGUACCUAUCAUGAUCGACUUAGACGAAGGAAUGGAAAGGGAAGAAGACAUCAACUCCAUGGAUUGUCCACAGGAUAUGUGUGAUUUUGACGGAGAGGAAGCCGACGAAGACGAGGUCGAGGACGCAGACAUAGACGCACAGGGGGAGACAGACGAAGAAAUGACCAUACAUCUUAAACCUCCAGAAGAACAGCAGGAAAUACAACUUGAGAUCGCUAACCUCGUGGCCGCUGUCCCACAACUUUCCAAGGACUACAAGUUCGUGGACAGGCUGGGGACAGGAACGUUCUCAUCUGUUUACAAAGCUAUCGACCUUUGGUAUCACACGAAGUGGGACAACACGCCUUGGCACGGGCAUCACCCACCACACUCCUCUGCACACCACCAGUCUGUACCCUAUCCGGAAGGGAGCAAGGUAUUCGUCGCCAUCAAACGCAUUUACGUAACUAGUAAUCCUGAACGAAUACGCAACGAAAUCUCCAUCAUGCAAGACUGUCGGGGAACCCGUCACACAUGUCAACUCAUAACAGCAUUCCGACACAAAGACCAAGUCGUCGCUGUUAUGCCAUACCACCACAAUGCUGACUUCCGGGAAUUUUACAGAGAUCUCCCAAUUGCGGGUAUAAAGGCUUACUUCCGAUGUAUGUUUCGCGCCCUGCGAGACGUUCACUCCAGAGAUAUCAUACAUCGCGAUGUCAAACCUGCCAAUUUCCUUUUCGAUCCACGAACAGGCGUCGGCAUUCUAUGUGACUUCGGCCUUGCUAGUCGCAUAGAAACAUCCACCCCAACUCACGCUGCCUGCUUCCAUACACCACCUUCACGAAGAUACCCACAUGGCAAACCGCGAUCCCGGAAUGAGUAUGACUCUGAACUCCUCAAGAAAAUGCAAAAAGAGGCCAGACAGAAAAGCUCAUGGCCCAGUGACAGGGUGGGGUACCCUGACAAGGACACUCGACCACAUUCAAAGGCUAACCGGGCAGGGACACGUGGCUUUCGUGCACCAGAAGUUCUUCUCAAGUGUGGUCAGCAGUCAGGGGCCGUUGAUGUCUGGUCCGCUGGCAUGAUCCUUCUUUUCUUUCUAACGGGAAAGUUUCCUCUCUUCCAGUCUAGCGACGACAUCGAGGCCCUCAUGGAAAUUGCGACCAUUAUUGGCCGACAAAAAAUGGAGAGGACUGCGCUUCUGCACAGCCGUACUUUCGCAACGAAUGUACCCUCGAUAACGAACGAGGGCAUAAGCUGGAGUGACUUCGUCGAAAAACAGAACCCUUGUUUACGGGAGGUCCGGCGCCCGGAUGACCAAUAUUAUCCUCACAACGUUGCCCAUAGCUCUUUGCACCAUUCACAACCGCCCCCCUCAUCAUCACCCACUUCCGACAAGUUGUCAGGAUCAAGCUCUCCUGCCCCUGUUGCGUUUCCAACACAGGAAUCCCACACCCGGGAUGUUGAGAAUGCAUUGAAUCUUCUCGAGUCACUAAUGGAGCCAGAUGCAACUCGCCGGAUAACUCCACGCGACGCACUAUACCACCCCUUCCUGGCCGAUCCAUCAGAACCUGAAGACGAUGAUCUGUUUCCUCACCCCUUCGGCGAAGGUGUAUGUGGAAAAUACCACUAUAUCGAUAAGGUUACAAAGGACCCUUAUGUCCUUGUGAAUGUUGAUGGGAAGGAGAGUGUGCGGAGACUGGUGGCAGGAGAAGGCAUUGCUAUCGGAAAGGACCCGUGUGAGUUUCACAGCAAGGAAAUUGGUCUACAACAGUAGUUUGGUGGCACUAGAUGCAUGUAUUUUUUGUAUUCGGAAUCGUACGCCUUUCAAGCGGGAAGAAAAAAAAGAUGAC